UGAACCCACAUUUAUGUGACUAUUGAAUAGAACACCAGUACACAUACAAUUAUUUUACAUAUAAAUAAAACUCGAUAACUAAAUAUUCUAAACAGUGGAUUAAAACAGAAAUAGGAGUUAUGAGUACAGUUAAAGUUGAAACUUAGAUGGACUUUGAUGGAUGCUAAAAUAUGAAAGAACAUGGAAUGGCUUGGAGGAGUUAUAAUAUGUCUGCCUAAUGGGCUAAGUAAACUUACAAUAGCUUGAACUAUGUAUGGUUAAGUUUACACAAAAUGGCUUUGAUAUUUCAGCUGAAAAGUAUUGAGCACGUCACUGGAAAAGCUGAUCGCUAUGUGACCAUUGAAUUCAGAGAUUAUGUCCAGAAAUCCAAAAUCUACCGGAACAUUAGGAACAAUGGCUACUUUGGAGAGUCAUUCGAAUGGCCAGUUGCCCGGGCAAUUGAGGGAACAGAGGUCAUCACAGUUAAAUUGUACAACCACAACAAAUACUUGAGUAACAAGUUGGUGGCAACAUAUACAAUAUGGCUGCAGGAGGUGGCAAAGACUGGCCAUAUCAGCCUCCGUGACCACAUGCUCAAUAAAAACAAUGAAGCACUAAGGACGAUGAUCAACUAUGAACUUAAAUACUACAACCCAGAUGGCUCUAUAGGUGAUUGGAAUAUGGACCAGUUUACAUACCCUGUAUUGGACACCUGGCAGGAUGAUGAUGAACUGGACUCUGUUGAUAACCAGUCUGUUCAGAUGAGCCUCCUUGACAGUGUAAAUGAUAGUGUGGAUGAUGAGAAUGCAAUGAUCACUGAGCCACUCAUCCCUAAGAGGCGCAAUGACAUAACAGAUGUGAAUUCUGUCCAAGUACGAGACUUCCAGGUCUCUGUGAAUAUCGUAGAAGGUCAGCAACUGGUAGGGAUGGACAUAGAUCCAGUUGUAAAAGUGAGAGUUGGCAACAAACUUAAGAUGACAUCAAUCAAGAAAUCAACAAACAAUCCUUACUACAAUGAGUACUUUGUGUUUGAUUUCCACGCAGCUCCUUCUUUUGUGUUUGACCAAGUGAUUUCCCUAACAGUGAUGCAUUCAUACAACCUCCCUGGUAGAGAGUACACUAAGGCAGUUAACAUGGUGGCUGGGAAUGUGAUUGGAGCAUUCAAGAUAGAUGCAGGAAUGGUUUACUCUGCUACAGAUCACAUGUUUUACCACAAGUGGGCUGCCUUGAUUGACCCAAAGGACAUCAAUGGAGGAAUAAAAGGUUACCUUAAGGUAGACAUACAAGUAGUGGGCAAAGGGGACAAGAUAAAGGUACCUACCAAGCCAGAUGUUGAUGAGGAUAAUAUUGAAGCGAACCUACUGAUUCCUAAAGGAACGACAGCUGAUCGUCAAACUGCAAGUUUCUCUGUAAGAAUUCACAAGGCGGAGGAUCUGCCCAAGAUGGAUUCUGGGAUCGUGGCUAAUCUGAAAAAAUCAAUGACAAUUAUAGGGCCAAAAGCAUAUAUUGACCCUUUUGUAAGGGUUUCCUUUGCUGGGAAUUCUGGAAGGACAUCUAUAGUGAAAAGUUACGACCCUGAGUUCAAUCAACAGCUAGUGUUUACCGAUAUGUUUCCUCCAUUGUGUAAUAGAAUGAGGAUAGAUCUUUGUGACUCAGACGCCAUGAUGGAUGAUACCAUAGCAACCCAUUUUCUCGACCUGGAAAAGAUGAGCAAUGAUGGAAAUGAUGGUUUCUUGCCAACAUUUGGUCCAUCUUGGAUCUAUAUGUAUGGCAAUACUCGCAAGUACAGUGCUGUGAGUGCUCUAGACAAAGUUACUAACUCUGAGGCGGCGGGCAUGGGGUCCACAUAUAGAGGGCGCAUUCUCUUAUCAGUCAAGACAGAAAUCAUGGACUCUACGAUAAGUGGACCUUCACAAUGUUCCAAGUCUGCUGCUCUUCCAAUCUCAGAGAAUGCUCCAGGACCAAAAGAGGACUUUUUCUUAUUUGGAUCAUUAUUAGAGGCUACCAUGAUAAAGAAAGAGAUUGGCAAGAAAGCUCAGGACCCAAAGUUUCCAAUUUAUUUUGAGUUUAGUAUGGGUAUUGUUGGAAAUGAUCUGGACAAGAAGCCUUCAAACGACAUUUUUGACCUGCCAUUAGGUGACGACGAUGAUGAUGAAGAAGGUCGUCAAAAGAUUAUAAAGAAAGAUUCACUUCCACAUGAUAGUACCACAAAGCCUGGGAAGCCUCUCACUGAGGAUGGAAACUAUUAUCAUAUGCCUUACAGCGGUGACAAGCCUUGUGUUUAUCUGAGGGGCCUCUAUGAAGAUAACCGCAAGAGACUGUACAAUACUAAUGCUAUAGAAAAGAUAUAUAAGAAAAUGGAUGAAGGUUUAGAGGAGUUGACGAUGAUGUUAGCACUGGAAAAGAAGUACCCAGAGAGGCGACUGAGAGGUAUAGUAGCAGAACUUAUCUUGAGCUGUGAAAGAUAUGUCAGCCAGUUUAAGGGACAGGAGGCACAGGGAAGAACAUCACUUGACAAGGAGAGGUUCCGCAUGUGUAUUGGUAGAAUAGAUAAAGCAAAGAGAGAGCUUACAAAGAUAAAUAAGAAGAUAACAAGUGAGAAUGUCAAGCAGAAGAUACGUGAUCUGAGAGCAAUGGCCAAAAAAUUAAAAUUCCUAGCAGAUGAGCCCCAACAUGUUCUGCCAGAUGUAUUCAUAUGGAUGAUCCAAAAUGGCAAGAGAAUUGCAUUCCAGAGGAUCCCUGCAAAAGAGCUGAUUUAUUCUGUCAAUGAGGAUGAACGUGGGAGACUCUGCGGAAAAGUUCAAACGUUGUUCCUUAGAGAUGGGAAGUUCGAUCAGCUGACACAACGGGUUCUUCCUGGUGUUCUGACUACAGUGCCAAAUGGAUGGGCCAUUCAGGCUAAGCUCCAGGUUUACUUCUGGUUAGGAGUCUAUAAGAACAAGAGAACCUACCUUGAUGGGCUGCCCAAGGGAUAUACUUCCACUCCAGAAAUAAAGAAUGCUCAAACCUUGCCUCCAACUGUCAUUCAAUAUAAAUCAAAGCAGGUAUUUCAACUACGAGCAUACAUUUAUCGAGCGAGAGGUUUGAUUGGCUCAGAUGACACUGGCCUGUCAGACCCUUUUGCAAGAGUGAUCAUGGGUAAUGGAUGCAAAAAGACUCAGGCGAAACGUGAAACUCUGAAUCCUCUCUGGGAAGAGGCUAUCAUUGUGGAUGAUAUUGAAAUAUUUCGUCCUGCCGAUGAUAUCGUUGAAGAUCCACCAACAGUGAUGGUUGAGAUCUAUGACUGGGACCAUGUGGGUGACCCAGAGUUUAUUGGGCGUACUAUUGCUGUCCCCGCUGUUAAGCUUGCAUCUGUUGCUUACACUGAACCUGAUUGGCCAGCCAAACUUCAGUGGCUAGAAGUGACUCGGGGUGAAAUAUUUGGAGGACAAAUUCUUGCCUCAUUUGAGCUGUUACAGGGAUCCAAGCAUCUGCCACUGCCAGAGGUGCUCAAUCAAGCUGAAAUAGAAAAGGCUGCUUUAAAGAAAGUAGUGAUUGAGCCCAUAUACUCCAUUCCUCCAUCUAUUCUUCCAAAUCUGGUCUCAUAUCGCAUAGAGACAUUAUUCUGGGGUGUGCGUUUAAUGCGUCGUGUACAGCUGCUGUCUGUCAGCAGCCCAAGAGUGGACAUAGAAUGCAAUGGAGUGAGACUAAAGUCAACAAUAAUACCAAAUGCAUCCAAACAUCCAAACUUUACUGUUGAUUACCUGCAGUAUGUAGAUGUGGAUCUCCCUGAAAACCUAAGCUAUUGGCCUCCUAUUGUUAUCCACUGUGUGGAUUGUCGCAACUUUGGACGUGAGGUCCUUGUUGGGACUGCAACGGUGCCUCACCCACAGAAGUUCAUGCACAAGGAGGUCAAGGCAAUCACCGAGGUUACAACGGACACAGGAGGGACACCUCCUGGGGGUCCUGCACCUCCCCCUGGGAGUGUUCAUGGUAGUCGACCUGGGACACCACUUACCAAUGGGCGUCCUGCCAAUGGGCAACUACCAAGCAAUGGGCAUCAACUAGGGAAACAAUCUAAAGAUGAUAAAGGAAGUGUCAGGAGCUUAUUGUUUGGAGGUAAAUCCAACAAAGGCUCCCAUGCUGGGUCUGUCAAAGGGGAUACCAAACCUGCUGAUGUUGCCAUCACAAUAGAGGAGACAAGUCCAGAUGUUGGUUUCAAACCUGAUGCAAAGCCAUCUGAUCCUAAUGCAGGGGGAAUAGACAAUAUGGGAUUUGAGAGUCCAGAUGAAGAGCCACUAGAGGAGGAAGAACAGGAUGGUAGGAAACCGUCAAAAGAAGAAAUGGAGAUACUUGAUUGGUGGAGUAGGUACCACGCCUCCCUUAAUGAUUACGAGAAGGCACUACAAAGGCAACUUGCUAAAAGGAAGAAAGAAGACCCUGAGGAAAAGGAUGAUGACGAUGAUGAUCCAACUGACGCUGACAGUGAAGAAGAGAUGAUGAUCGUGAAGAAGAAGAAGGAGCCAGCCAAGGUCAGGUUCAAGAAAGCAGGAAAAAAAUUGAUCAGUUUUGCUGGGAAUAAGAUAAAGUCCAAGAUGAAUAACGAUGAGAAGGAGGAUCUACCAGACCAGAAUGUGACAUUCCUGAAGGAUGAGAAUGAGGACAACAGCUACAUCUCUAGAAUAAAGAUCUAUAAUGAAGAGCUUGAGGGUCUUUCUGAGUUCAGCAACUUCACUGAGAUUCUUCACACUUUCCCUCUCUACAGGGGUAAGGUUGUUGGCGAUGAGGACAUUGAUGAUGACAGCAAACUGGCUGGAAAGUUUAAGGGGUCAUUUUGCAUAUAUCCGAAACCAGAGAAUGAGGAGAUCACUACUCUUGACUCAGUUGAGCCUCAAAAGGCCUUAAAAAAAUCCAAGAAGGCUAAAAAGCACAAAGGUCCAGUUUUGAAGCUGAUGAAACAUCUGCCAAGCAUUGAACCAGUAGCUGUGGCUGUUAGGGUCUAUAUUGUAAAGGCGUUAGAUCUCCAUCCCUCUGAUCCUAAUGGUAAGGCUGACCCCUAUUUGGAGGUGUCUCUUGGGAAACAGACUGUGAAUACAAAGGAUAACUACAAACCUAGAGCACUCAAUCCAGUCUUUGGACAGGUGUUUGAGUUUGAUGCGAUGUUUCCUGCAGACUCUAUUCUAACAGUGAGGAUCAUGGAUUGGGAUUUGUUGACCUUUAGUGACCUGAUCGGAGAGACCACUAUUGACCUGGAGGAUCGGUAUAUCAGCAAACACCGAGGAGGCUGUGGCAUAGCAAAGCAAUAUGAAAUAUUUGGUUACAACAAUUGGCGUGACCCAGAGAAACCGACCAACAUUGUACACAAUCUAUGCAAGAAAUACAAAAUCAACCAGCCUGUUUAUAAUGUUGACAAAGUCACCAUAGAAGGCCAGACAUACUCUGCCCCUGCAGAAAUAGAGGAUGAACAUGGUGAAGCCAAGGGGACCAACGAGCACCUUGCUUUGGAGGUAUUACAUCACUGGGAAGAAAUCCCUAAAGCUGGAUGGAAACUUGUCCCAGAGCACUUAGAGACUCGAGCCUUGCAUCGCCCUGACAAGCCUGGGGUGGAGCAGGGGAGGCUUCAGAUGUGGGUUGAUAUGUUCCCCAAGCAUCUCCCCCCUCCACCUGCACCAACUGAUAUUACUCCGAGGGAGCCAAAAGGCUACGAAUUACGUGCAAUUAUAUGGAACACAGAAGAUGUAGUUUUAGAUGACAGUAACAUCUUGACAGGUGAAAAGUCUAGUGAUAUCUUGGUUAAGGGCUUCUUCAAGGGGAAUGAUAUAGACCUUCAAGAAACAGAUGUGCAUUACAGGUCUAUGUCAGGGGAGGGUAACUUCAACUGGAGAUUCAUUUAUAAAUUUGACUACUUAGAGGCAGAGAAAAAGGUUUCAUACAAAAUCAAGGAGAGUCCCCUUGCCCUGGAUGAAACUGAGGUUAUUUUACCUCCCAGACUCACUCUCCAGAUAUGGGAUGCUGAUCUUGUCAUGUCCAAUGAUUUCUUAGGUGCGGUGACGCUUGACCUCAACAAGAUGCCGCUUGGUGCUAAAAAUGCAAAAAACUGUAAAUUAAAAAUGAUGAAUUCAGAUGGGAGUGUACCUCCCAUGUCAUUGUUCAAAAACAAGAAGGUGCGUGGCUUCUGGCCUGUCAUGGCCAAGGAUAAGUCGACUGGAGAAGACCUUCUACAGGGUAAGAUUGACCUUGAGCUUCACCUGUUGACAGAAGAGGAGGCUCAGAACAGCCCUGCAGGGGUGGCUAGAGAAGAGCCAGAUCCCCUACCCAAACCAAACCGUCCAGAUACUUCCUUUCUGUGGUUCAUGAACCCAUGCAAGACAUUACGUUAUGUCAUAUGGGAGAACUUUAAAUGGAAGAUUUUGAAAGCCUUCUUGUUCCUGUUAUUAGUUGCAUUCAUGGCCUUGUUCAUCUAUAACGCCCCUGGAUACACUGUUAAGAAACUAUUUGGGGCAUAACCAUGGCUCUUUAAUUUACAUUCGCCCAGACUCGUCAUUCCUGUGGUUUAUGAAUCCUCUUAAGACUUUGAGGUAUGUCAUCUGGAAUAACUACAAGAAACGGAUCAUCAUGUUUCUCAUCUUCUGUCUGCUUGUCAUCUUUAUAGCACUCUUUGUGUAUAAUGCCCCUGGCUACACUGUCAAGAAGAUAUGGGGUGCAUAAUGUGAAUACAAUG